AUGUUAUCACCCUUUAUCGACAUUGCUAUAGUUGUCGAUUGGCUACGCACAGUCUCAUGUGUGUGUCUUGCAUUCUACCAUACAUGGUUUGCGAAAAAAUCGGUUGAUUUAGCACUCAUGCGCACCUUACUUAAGUAUUUGAAAGAAAGUGACUCAAAUACGUCAACCAUCAAAGGGAGGAUUUUCAGUCUAAGUGGAGCAGUGUACCGGCUUAUAGGAGAAUACCAUAAAGCCAAGGAAUUUCACGAAGAACUAAAUAUUCCCAAGAAGAUUUUCGAUAAAGAACCUGCCAAUGUACAGCGGAAUGUAGCAACGAGCUUUAACAAUUUGGCAUCAGUAUACCUCUGCGUUGGAGAUCACAGGAAAGCCAAAAAAGUUUCACAAAAAAGCGCUGAAGAUUCAGAAAAAGGUUGUCGAAGAACAUCAUGCCGAUGUAGCUAA